AUGCUGGCGAAAGAUUGCCUUCCACUUAUCGAUCUGACUAGAAAGCAAACCUCUUCUACUAUCUCUAGUACACAAGCAGCUUUACGCCAAUUUGGCGCUUUUCGCGUUGUGGCCCCUCACCUCACUCGAAAUCUUGUACAGAGUGUUUUCCAAAAUGCUCGUGAAUUCUUUAAUCUACCAAUCGAAGUGAAAGAGAAAACGAAUGGUUACUCGGGCUUCGACACAGAACUCAUUCGUGGGAAAACAGCCAUUCCUAAAGAAACCGUUUGCUAUAAAAAGAGCGCGGAGAACUAUCACACUCAUUCUCCCCCUUCAGGAUUUCAAUCUUCUGUGGAGGAGUUACAGCGUGAGUGGGCCAAUAUGCGAAGUCCGCUAUUCGAGACAUUGUCUACUAUACUAGACUCGACCGAGCCCUUGGUAGGCACACCAUCUCUCGACUAUGAAUCUCUAGGUGUCAACUUUUAUGACUCUGAUAAACUGGGUUCCGAUAGAGUCUAUUUCAGUCCAGCUCAUAUGGACAGUAGCAUAGUGACAAUUUUGAUCCGGGCCACAGAAGAACGUGAUGGGCUGGAAAUCGCCGAUCUUAGCACAACGGAUAAGCUUGAUAGCGAGAGUAUAGGACUGGCUGCCUCCUUCAUUUCUGUCCCAGCAAUGCCUGAUGAAGUUAUCGUACUAGCAGGAACUCGUCUGCAGCGGCUUCUCGGCAAAAGCAAAGUACGUGCAUGUGUGCACAGAGUUCGCAGCCCGACGCAUACAAGCAAUAGGUGUAUUUCAAACGAGAGGCUGAGUCUUGCAAUUUUCUGCGGAUCUCCUAUGAAAUAA